AUGGACAAAUGGUUCGGGGAGAAACGGUUGUGGUUGUUUGGUAAUCAUUUACCGCUACUACCACGCAGCAAUCUACCCUUCAGAUGGACAUCCGGCGAGUCAAAAGCGGAAGGAGUUAUCAAAGCCAUACAGGAAAGAUCACGGGGCAGCAGUAGAAUGGACCGGUACGAGAAGCUCAGCCGGCUGGGCGAAGGUUCGUACGGUGUGGUGUACAAGUGCCGCGACCGGGAGACGGGUUCGCUCGUUGCGGUCAAGCGCUUCGUCGAGUCCGAGGACGAUCCGGCCAUACGCAAGAUCGCGCUGCGUGAGAUACGACUGCUGAAGAACCUGAAGCACCCGAACCUUGUCUGCCUGCUAGAGGUAUUCCGGCGGAAGCGCCGUCUGCAUUUGGUGUUUGAGUUUUGCGAGCAUACAGUGCUGCAUGAGCUGGAGCGACAUCCAGAGGGUUGCCCCGAUAACCUCACGAAGCAGAUAACGUACCAAACGAUCCAGGGUGUCGCCUACUGUCACAAGCAAGGCUGUCUUCAUCGGGACAUCAAACCGGAAAAUAUUCUACUUACGGCUCAGGGACAGGUGAAGCUGUGUGAUUUUGGUUUCGCCCGUAUGCUAAGUCCCGGUGAAAAUUACACAGACUAUGUAGCAACACGAUGGUACCGAGCGCCGGAGCUGCUGGUCGGGGACACACAGUACGGCACGCCGGUGGACGUAUGGGCCAUCGGGUGUGUGUUUGCGGAGCUGGUACGCGGUGAUGCUCUCUGGCCCGGCCGUAGUGAUGUCGAUCAGCUGUACCUGAUCAGACGCACGCUCGGCGAUCUUCUACCUCGACAUCUGGCCAUUUUCAAUCAAAAUGAGUUCUUUAAGGGUAUAACGCUUCCCGUGCCACCGACACUGGAAACACUCGAAGCCAAGAUGCCAUCACGUACCUUAGCCAAUCCGUUGAUGAUGGAUUUUCUGAAGAAAUGUUUGGACAAAGAUCCCGCCAAACGCUGGUCCUGUGAGCGGUUGGCCACGCAUCAGUACUUUGAGGAUUAUAUUACCAAACAGAAGGAGAUCGAGCAAACGAUUACGCUAGAACAGAAGCAGAGCGGUAACCGGGAACUUAAGCCGAAAACAUCAAACACCUCGCUGCCGCAGCUACCCGGAACGCAAGAGUCGCGUGUACCACAGAAGAACCUUUUCCUACGGUCCGACCAUCACUUGCCAACCAUAUAA